CGAGACUUCCACUUUCAACUAUUCAUAAAGAAAUAAAAUCUUCAAUGAAACCAUAACAAAUUAAGUUGUAAAAUUGAAGAAACGGUUGAUUUUCACCUGCUCCAACUCUAUUUUGACAUUACGUUUGUUUACACUUCACCAAUCGAGUCGAUUUAUCCCAAUUACUUUUUUACUAAUGUAACUUUGGUGAAUAUAAAGAUUUUAAGAAAUUUAGAAGAUGGGUUAACUAAAAAAUAAUGCUUUAUUGUAAGGUAAAACUUCUUCUGGCUGCAGUUUCUAUCUCUGUGUUGUUCACACUUCUAUAUUAUAUGAAAAUAAAUAAUAAUGAAUUCAGUGUUGAAGUUACCGAGAAGAAAUUUUUAGAGACAACCCAAACCCAAAAAUAUGAAAAGCUAUAUGAGGUAAACAACUUCCACUACAUCUUGAGUCCAAAUGGAUGCGGAAAUGACUCAAAUAUUGAGGCGCUGAUUAUAGUUACAUCAUAUUUUGGAAAUGUAGAAACAAGAAGUGCCAUGAGAAGAGCUUUUUCACAAGAAGACCUUAAACAAAUUAAUUUAAAACGAGUAUUUUUACUUGGUACAGCUCCACUUGAUAAAUAUACUACCCAAGCUUCUAUAGAAAAUGAAAACCUUCGAUUUGGUGAUUUGGUACAAGGAAGUUUUGUUGAAGCAUAUAAAAACCUAACAUACAAGCAUACAAUGGGUAUUAAAUGGGCAUCAGAAAAUUGCCGUUAUGCUAAUUAUAUUAUAAAAAUGGAUGAUGAUACAGUCGUUAACAUAGAACGCCUACCUACUUUGUUGAAAUCUUUAAAAUUAUCCAAAAAAUCAAAGUAUUUUAUAGCUGGAUAUGUUUUAAGAAAUAUGGUGCCAAUCAGAGAGCCUGCCAAUAAGUGGUACGUUACAAAAGAAGAAUAUGAGUUAUCUUACUACCCCACUUUUGUUUCUGGUUGGUUCUAUAUCACUACUCCAAAAACAGCAGAGCAACUUUAUAAAUUGAGUCAGAAUACAAAAUAUUUUUGGAUCGACGACACUUUUAUAACUGGAAUCCUAGCACAACAACUGCAAAUAAAACAUUUUGACAUAAGUAAAUAUUUUGCUGUACACUCGGAAUAUAUGGAAUGUUGCUUAGAUGAUAUUCGCAGCAAAAAUUUGAACUGUGAUGUAAUAAUUGGGCCAAAUGGGGGAAACAAUAAUUUGUUUUAUGAAUUUAACAAUGCUAUCAGUAUUUGCAAUUUACAUUUAUGCAAAAAUAGGACCAAACCUUUGGAAGACACAUGUGUAGCCAAAAAAACUUUUCAUUUAGGAAAAGGACAACCACUGGUAAAAACAUACCAAUUACAUUGAGUCCUAAAUGAAGAUAGCACAGAUACAGUAUUACAACUCAAUUAAUCGUAAUUCAACUAUAGAUAAUAUUACAAAACCUGAAAUAUAUUUUUAGGACAUAAUAAUGAAAUGUUAUUGUUUUAUUGCAGAAAAUAAUGUGGUUAGAAUGAUAUAUUUUCCUUUCAGUAACUAGCAUUGAAUUAUUCAGAUGAAAGUUUUUAUUAAUUGGUGUCUAUUUUUUAUAAAAAAAAUAUUUAACUUGGUUGCACAAUAUUUUAAGAUGUUAAUUAUGGAAUAAUUAUAUAGUAUUUGAAAUGUUGUGAUGGCUAAUAUAUAUUUUAUAUUAAAAUUUUAUUUAGUUUUAUACUUACUAAUAUUGUAUAUUUUUACAGUAAUAUAUAGUUAUACAUAA